AUGAGUCAACUUAAUAAUCAAGUGUAUGUUGAUGGGACGAACAAGCUAAUUUGUGAUGAGCUCCGAUAUGAUAGAAGACAGCUAGCUUUAGAUCAUGCUUCUUACAUGCAACAACUAACUGACGAGCAAAGAGUUGUGUAUGAGCAAGUCAUACAAGCAGUUCAAAGCAGCAAAGGGGGCGUAUUCUUUUUGUAUGGUUACGGUGGAACCGGAAAAACUUUUGUUUGGAAGACAUUAGCAUCUGCAUUGAGAUCAAGAUCACAAGUUGUACUAACUGUUGCAUCAAGUGGGAUUGCAUCUCUUUUACUACCUGGUGGACGGACAGCACACUCACAAUUUGCAAUCCCACUCAAUUUAGAUGAAUGCUCAACAUGCAAUAUAAAACAGGGCAACGCAUUAGCUGAUUUGUUAAUAAAGACUAAGCUAAUUAUUUGGGAUGAGGCUCCUAUGGUGAAUAGAUUUUGUAUUGAGGCACUUGACAGGACAAUGCUUGAUAUAUUAAGAUUCAGCAAUCCAAACAGCCUUGAUCAGCCUUUUGGAGGGAAGACAUUGGUCUUCGGUGGUGACUUUUGA